AUGGGUUCCGAAGCACCAUUUCAGCUCCCUGUGGUUGACUUCUCAGAUCUUAACAUAAAAGAUCCCGACAUGCUUAUCUGGGAAUCAGCUAAAAUCAAAGCCCUCGAAGCCCUUCAAGAAUACGGCUGCUUUGAAGCAACCUUUGCUCCUAUCACGACGGACCUUCAAAAAACUGUAUUUGAUGAGCUUGAAUGCCUUUUUAACCUCCCACUUGAAACCAAGCAAAGAAACGCUAACGACCGUGAGUUUCAUGGAUAUAUUGGUCAAAUCCCAUUCAUGCCCCUCUAUGAAAGCAUGGGGAUAGAUACACCUUAUAACCAAGAAACAGUUGACGCGUUUGCCAAACUUAUGUGGCCCGAAGGAAAUCCCAAGUUUUCGAAAAGUAUCCAGGCGUACUCAAAGAAGCUGUGGGAAUUGGAUGAAAUGGUGAAAAAGAUGGUAUUUGAGGGGUUGAAUUUGAGGAAGUAUUUGGAAGAACAUUUGGAAGCAACGAGUUACCAUCUGAAGGUGAUGAAAUAUCGUGUGGCAGAUCCAAAUGAAGACACUAUGGGUUUGGAUUCUCAUGCCGAUACAAGUAUACUUACCAUUUUGCAUCAAAAUGGUGUCCAAGGGCUAGAGAUUCGGACCAAAGAUGAGAAUUGGGUCACUGUAAAUGUUUCACCGAAUUCAUUCGUGGUCAUGGCUGGGGAAAGCUUCAAUGUUUUGUCUAACGGGCGAUUGCAUGCACCGUUUCAUAGGGUGGUAAUGAAUGCAAACAGAACCAGGCUUUCGGUUGGUUUGUUUUCAAUGCCGAAAGUUGGAAGCAUUGUAAAACCUCCAAAAGAGAUGGUGGAUGAAGACCAUCCAUUGCUAUUCAAGCCUUUUGAUUAUGGAGAGUUCAUGGACUACUUCUGUAUGUCUGGUGUUAAGAAAGAUACUUAUGGCCUCAAGAAUUAUUGUGGGUUAUCUAUCUGA